AUGGACGAUGGGUUUCCGGAGCUCCAGCUCCCCGAGUCACGAGUGCUCAUAGUCAUCACAGGCGGCACGAUAUGCAUGCGAAGAUCUGAGGACGGUCUGGUGCCGGCGAGAGGGUUCCUCAAAGCUGGACUUGCGCCACGGCCAUGCUUCAACGACGGCUCGUACCCGGAGCCACUGGAAAUAGUGGUCGACGACAAGGGCACGCGGAGAGCGGUGCAGAGCUUGAGGACGCCCAUCAGCACAUACGACCGCCGGGUCCGGUACUGCGUGCUCGAAUUCGACACAUUGCUUGACAGCAGCUCAAUCGACGCCGCCGGAUGGGAUCAGAUUGCAAAGACCAUUUUCCGGAACUACCAGCUGUUCGAUGGCUUUGUAGUGCUUCACGGCACAGACUCUCUAGCCUACACCUGCUCGGCGCUGAGCUUCAUGCUCCAUAACCUGGGCAAGCCCGUCAUCCUCACCGGAUCGCAGGCGCCGAUGAUGCAACUGCAGACUGACGCCGAGGACAACCUACUGGGCGCCCUGAUCAUAGCAGGACACUUCAUGAUCCCCGAAGUGUGCCUCUUUUUCAACUUCAAGCUCUUUCGCGGUAACCGCACGACCAAGAUCUCCUCCGACGACUUUCAAGCCUUCGCGAGCCCCAAUCUCCCUCCGCUAGCGAUGAUCACUUCCCUGAGAACCAACGUCCAGUGGAGCAAUGUCUAUCGGCCGACAGACGUACAUCCUUUCUCUAUCCAAACGAAGCUCGACACGGCACAUGUAGCCUGCCUCCGCAUCUUCCCAGGUAUGAAACCCGAAAUGGUGGAUGCAGUCUUGCGUUUGGAGGGCCUGAAGGGACUGGUCCUGGAAACUUUCGGAGCCGGGAACACGCCGGGAGGUCCCGAUAGCGCGAUGACACGUAUCCUGGCAGACGCGGUGAAGAGGGGCAUCGUCAUCGUCAACGUGACCCAGUGUUUAAGCGGCAGCGUAAGUGCGCUCUAUGCACCUGCUACCAUUUUGGGUCGGGCGGGUGUGGUUUUCGGGCAGGACAUGACCACUGAGGCCGCACUCACGAAGCUGGCCUACCUGCUGGCGCUCCCGGACGCAACGCCGGAGGAAGUGGCAAAGCGAAUGUCGGUAUCGGUUCGCGGCGAGUUGACAGAAGCGACGCGCACACACUUUGAGCACCCGAAGACCAGCGGUACCCUCACUCCAGAGCUGUCCAACUUGACGGCGCUAGGCUAUGCUAUCCAGAAAGGAAAUCUGCAAGAAACAAGGGACAUCAUUCGCGGAGAGCCGCGUUGGCUGUUGAAUGAUGCCGACUACAAUCUCAAUACGCCCGUGCACCUCGCGGCGACCGGACCGAACGUCGAAAUCCUGCGCGACUUCCUGGAGCAAGGCGCGUCUGUCCACCUUCGCAACCGCAGCGGCAACACGCCACUUUUCCUGGCGGCCGCUGCGGGGUUGAAAGAUCAUGCGGAGAUUCUGAGAUAUGCGGGCGCACAUCUGCACUCUGACGAGAUGGCCGCGGCCAGCAUGCAUGCGGCGGAGGGCGACGGCAACGCUGGGCUAUGGCAGCAGGUGAUUGGAUGA